AUGAUGGUGAAGCCUUCAAAGUCCAAGUUGAAAGAAAUUUUCUUACUAUGGGCCAUCGCCAAUGUGAAUUUCUGUGUUAAGGGACAUCCUUCUCUUCCAAAAGACACAAUACUUUUGGCAGAAGACGUUAAAGGCGUUACAGCUCCUUCUAAUGGAGCUGAUGGGUUAAAGGAUCUUAGGGUAGCCCAGGAUCUGUCACAACCAAUUCCAGAUGGUACCAAACUUGAGACUGCCGAGGCUCUUCACCAUUCACAAACCGGCUCCAGGGAUACCAAAAUGACUCCAGAAGUGGUAGGAAAUGCUGUUACUAAGGAUGUAGAAGAUGGAAAAGGACUAAAGAAGGAUCUCAAAACUGCUCCAAAAUCUGAGGAGAGUAGAGCUGUGAAAUCUAAAGGGGUCCCUAAUCCAGAACCAAAUGUUGUUGAUGGGAAAAAGAAAUUCCUCAAUGUAGCUCAAGUACAAGGACUUUCUGAUAGUGAUCUUAUUGGAUACAUAGCACAGAAGGAGAGAGAGUUAGAAAAGUCAAAGAUAGAAUUUCUGGAAACCACAAUGGAUCACAAAUUUGAACAAAAGCCUUUCACUGAGGCAGGAAUACAACCAUCUGGAGCAUACUUUCACAAUUCUGUGGAUUCCAAAGAUCAGUAUAAUCAAGCCUAUCAAAAGACUUUGACAGAGGCUAAAAAUCUGGUUUCCAAAGAAUCACUCACACCAGAAGCACUCUCAAAGCUCACCAACAAAGAAUAUGUCAAAAAGGCAUCCCUCUUUGACCAAAAGGUACAACAAAACUUGGCUGAAUGGGAAGCACAAGAAGAUUUGAUGCAUGACUAUUUGAGUAAGUUUUUCAAAUUACAGGCUUUGGAAUUCAAGAGCCAAAAAAAGUUGGAUGCCAAGUGGACAAAAGCAAUGGAAGAAGUGAAAGAAAAGGCAAAAGAAACAGGAGAGCCAACUGAUCCUACAAGCCUAGAGAAGGCUGCUCAAAGACAAUUCAUCAAAAACCAAGCAAAGCGACAUCCCAAGAAUUUGGGAUGGAAGGAGGAUGAGGAAACAAUGAAGGAAUUUGAAAAAUAUGUUAGAGAAGCUGAGAAAAAGGCUUUGAGGAGUGCCAAGAGAGUAUUGCCAAGGACUGAUCUAUUGAGAUCUGCAGCCCUGAAAAUGAAGCAUCUUGGCAAGUUAUUCAUAAACUUUUUCAAAAAUAUGUUUGCUUGGUUUUCAAAACUUGGAAGAAAGACAUCUCACAAAUGA